CUGCGUCUUCUUUUGAAAUCGCAAGAGAGAGAGAGAGAUAGAGAGAGAGAGAGAGAGUUUUUCCCCCACGCCACUCGUUUCCUCUUCUCCUUCUCCUCGCACCCCACCCACCAAACCCCCAUUUCCAUUUCCUCCUCAUCGUCUUCGAUCCAAUCCCCCCCCCUCUCCGAUCCCCAAUUUUGCGUGCAACGAUUGCAGCUUCGAUCCCUUUGGCUCCUCCUCCUCUUCCUCCUCCGAUCGAGGUUUUGUUGCGGAGAUCGGAGGGCAUUGACUCGGAGUUCUCGGAUUUGGGGGUUUUCGAGGGGAAUUAGGGCGUUUUCGAUGGGUUUGCUGUUCGUGGAGUCUCUCCCGGGGCCGAAGGUGUUCAAAUGCAUAUUCUGCAAGGUCGAUUCAGCGUCGCUCGACGCCAUCGUCUCCAAGGACUUCAAUGGACGGUACGGCCGCGCCUACCUCUUCAAGAAUGUGGUAAAUGUUUGCUUGGGCCCGAAUGAGGAUAGGCACCUCUUGACGGGAUUGCACACGGUGAAUGAUAUCUACUGCAGCUCCUGCCACCAAUUACUUGGCUGGAGAUAUGAGAAAGCUUACGACGAAACCCAGAAAUACAAGGAGGGCAAGUACAUUUUAGAGAGAGCUAGGAUGGUAAAAGAAGGCUGGUGAUUCUCCAAGAUGCUGGAUUUUGGCAGACCGAACUGAACUGCAAAUCAAACCACAUAGGUAUGUGUAAACCCUGACUAUUGGUUACUUCAUUUUAAGAUUCUUGCACAGUUACAUUAUAACAAAAAACUAAUGGCUCAGAAAAUGCAUGCUAUCUUAAACUGAAUCAAAGCCUAAAUUGGGCGUGGAUUGGUUUAAGGAAGUUACUUCUUGUACGGCCAUGUAGGAAGUGUAUAUCUUACACUCUCUAGAUGCUAGAGUUUAAAAAAUUCCUUUAAAUUUUGAGUAAAUAUAAUAAUAAUAAUAGUAACGAGACUAGCUGAUGGAUUCUAGUCACACAAAGUCUUGGGUGUAAGAUUUAUACCUAAAUACUAGUUUGUACAGGUAA